AAGGAUAAUUUAGGCGUCGCUGCAGAGCUGUCCCGCCACGGUUUUGUUUCUCCACAUUGCUAUCCAUCAUGGCGAUGCACACGAAAGCUACUCCACCGCAGAUCCCGGACACCCGCCGGGAGCUUGCCGAACUGGUGAAGAGGAAACAGGAGCUUGCAGAAACGCUUGUGAAUUUGGAACGACAAAUAUACGCAUUUGAAGGAAGUUACCUAGAAGACACGCAGAUGUAUGGCAACAUCAUCAGAGGAUGGGACAGAUACUUGACCAACCAAAAGAACUCUAAUAGUAAGACUGAUAGAAGAAAUAGAAAAUUCAAGGAGGCAGAGCGUCUGUUCAGCAAGUCAUCAGUCACAUCAGUUGCAGCGGUGUGUGCGCUCGGUGGUAUACCGGAUCACAUGAAUGAGAAACGUGAGGCGGGCAGCGGCACGGAAAGCGACGCCUCCCCGGAUCUCCAGAACCAAGAGAACGAACCCAGCCAGGAGGACACGGAGGAUGUGGACUCCACCCUGCAGGACUUGAAGCCCCAAAAGGCUGCCUCGUCUUCCUCCUCGGGCAGCCAUCACGGAAGCCACAAGAAAAGGAAGAACAAAAACAGGCACAGCCCUUCUGCCAUGUUUGAUUAUGACUUUGAGUUCGACAUGAAGGUGAACAAGAAACCAAGAGCUGACUAUUCUACUUAAGACGAGUCCGAGACCUGUACUCCAAAUGACAACCGAGAGACUUUAUAUGCCUUUUUUUUGUUUUUUACAGCUGUCACAUUUUAGCCUGUGAUGUGUGUACUGCUCUAAACGUCAAAACAUUCCCCAACCUGCAUGUUACUACACACCAGCCUGUGACAUGUUAUAGUGUUUGUUUAAAGAAUAUUUAUUUUGUAGGCAAUGAACACAUUUUUCCAUUGUAAUUUUUUUUCCUCAUAUUUUUUUGUACAUGUGAAUCAAAUCCUCUCUGAAGCUAUUCUUUUAUUUCAUGUGGUGUUUUUCAAGAAAAUAAUAAAACACAAUUGAUGUUGGUAUGUUUUGUUUUAUUAGCGGACGCAGCCUGCUUAUGUCAAUAAUAUCGGAUCACAGUGGGGCACUGUA